AUGACUGUCGGCGUCGCCUCCAAGCUGCUCGAUGCGCCCUUCUCGCACGUCAUCAACGGCAAGUCCGUUGAUGCCAAGGGCGCCAAGAUGCUCGACGUCAUCGACCCCGCCACCGAAAAGGUGAUCGCACAGGUGCCUAUCGCCACCAAGGACACCGUCGACCAGGCCGUCGAUGCCGCCCACGCCGCUUUCCCUUCGUGGUCCAAGACCUCGUGGGACGAGCGUGCUAAGCUGCUCGAGCAGUACGGCGAAGAGUUCAAGGCCAUGACGCCCGAGCUCGUCAAGCUGCUCACCGCCGAGCAGGGCAAGGCGCUCAUGUUCUCCCAGCACGAGUGCGAGAGCAUCCUCCCCUGGUUCACCGAGCUCGCCAAGGUCCGCCUCGAAGAGAAGGUCAAGCACGAGGACGAGACACACCGCGCUGUCGAGCGCUACCUCCCUCUCGGUGUUUGCGCCGGUAUUGUGCCCUGGAACUUCCCCAUCCUGCUCAUGCUCUGGAAGGUGACCCAGGCCAUCAUCACCGGUAACUGCAUUAUCAUCAAGCCCUCGCCCUUCACGCCUCUCUGCGACAUUCGCAUCAUCGAGGCCGCGCAGAAGAUCUUCCCUCCCGGUGUGGUUCAGAUCGUCGUUGGUGACGACAACCUCGGCCCUUGGAUCACCGAGCACCCUCGCAUCCAGAAGAUCUCGUUCACCGGCAGCACUGUCACUGGCCGCCUCGUCGCCAAGAGCUGCUCUGCCACGCUCAAGCGCUUCACUCUGGAGCUCGGUGGCAACGACCCUUGCAUCGUGCUCCCGCAGCAGUCGGACAUGGCCACUGCCGCACAGAACGUUCUACUGAGCGCCUUCUUCAACUCGGGUCAGGUCUGCAUCGCCGCCAAGCGUAUCUACGUUCACGAGGACAUCUACGACGAAUUCAAGGCGACUCUCGCCCAGGUCGUUCAGAACUUCAAGGUGGGCCCCGGCAACGAGGAGGGCGUCAUGUUCGGUCCCAUCAACAACAAGAUGCAGUACAACAAGGUCGCCGAGUUCUUCGAGGAGUCCAAGAACAAGAAGUUCAACUUCAUCUCCGGAGGCGAGGUCGAGAAGAAGGAUGGCUACUUCUACCCGCUCAGCAUCGUCGACAACCCUCCUGAGGACAGCAAGCUCGUUCAGGAGGAGCCCUUCGGCCCCAUCGUGCCCCUGCUCAAGUGGAAGGACGAGGCCGACCUGCUCAAGCGCGUCAACGACUCCCAGUGGGGUCUCGGUGCCACCGUUUGGGGGUCUGACAACGCUGCCGCCGAGCGCAUCGCUCGCCAGGUCGAAAGCGGGACGGUGUGGAUCAAUCGAAUGGUGAGCCAUCACCCUGCCGUUCCUUUCGGCGGUAUGAAGAGCUCUGGUAUCGGUGCCGAGCAUGGUUCCUCCGGUCUUGCCGCCUACUGCCAGGUCCAGGCCAUCUGGCUCCCGAAGUAA